AUUUUGAUUUGAUAAAACACGAAUAAUAGUGAUAAUUCAUAGUUCAUUUUAGACUUGAAAAUUUCAAAUUUUUUCUCGUACAUGGAACUUUUGCUAUCUUUAUGACGAAAUACCGAUAAACACGUACUUCUAUUCGUGAAUAAUGCAUAACAAACGUACGCCGUUCUCACGAUGGGUCAUUACGAGUUCUUCAGAAUGCUGACAUGAAACCAUAUGUGUGUUUUUUUUGGAACAGAAAUGUCAUCCAAGACGUAAUAUCGUAUUUUAAAUUAUUCAUUAUGUAUUAAAAUCAAAAAUGAAUUUCGGUGGCACUAUUAAACUAAAUCCUCUGGGUAUUUGCGUAAUUCUCGGUCUAACUUUUAUAUUUUUGCUAUACUCGUUCGCUCGAAGACCUGUAUACGAAAAAGAAGUGAAUCUAAAAGAUCUUUUAAUAGCGGCGAUACAAGUGGCAGAAAAAGGAGGAGUGGAAAUUAAAACACAAAGUCAUACCGAGUUAGACAAGCAGAGUAAGGGUAAAACUCGCGAAGGGGCAGAUGAAUUCAUAACCGAUGCGGAUAAACGAUCUCAUUGUUCGAUGUAUUACGGUCUACGAUACACAUUUCCAACUUUGAGAGUGAUAUCUGAGGAAACGUUAUCCAUAGAGGAAUGUGCGCUUUACUCCGAAACUCUACAUCUUAUUCCUAACGAUGACACGAUAAUUUCGCUGAGCAAUAUGUACGUACCUGUGGAAGAUGUUACUGUCUGGAUUGAUCCUCUCGAUGCUACUCAAGAAUUCACUGAGAAACUGACGUCUUAUGUGACUGUCAUGGUUUGCGUAGCUGUUAAAGGAGUUCCAACAAUUGGUGUAAUUCAUCAGCCUUUCGAUCAACAGACGACAUCCUGGGCAUGGGACGGAAUAGCCAUUUCUCCAGACCUGAAACGACCAAUGAAAAAACCUGAAAGUCAGCCAAACAUAAUAGUUUCACGGUCUCAUGCUGGUCAAGUGCAGGAAUCUGUAAGCAGGGUACUUCCUCAAGCGAAAGUAAUACCAGCCGGAGGCUCAGGUUAUAAAGUAUUACAACUUAUAAAUGGAAACGCAUCAGCUUACGUACAUUCUACUUAUAUUAAAAAAUGGGACGUGUGCGCUGGUAAUGCAAUUUUGAGGAGUCUCAAGGGUAGAAUGAGUACUCUGAAAAAUGAAGAUAUAGAUUAUUCAGAUGCCAAAGAAACUAAAGUCAAAGACGGAAUCUUAGCAGCUUUAUACGAUCACGGCAAAUAUUACGAUAUAUUCAAAAAUAUUUUGCAGUAAAUUUUAAAACGAAUUUUUCAUGUUUUGUGUUUUGUGGAUGUUUUAUUUCCUCGGUGUUUUUGUGUAGUUUUUGUUUUACGAAGUAAUUUGGUAUUUGAGCGAGAUCAUUAGAAAAUUGAAUUCCAAACACUAGUUAUAUUAUUAUUAUUAUGAAUGUAAAUUUGAUCUCAAUUGAAUUGAUCAAUGUUAAGAUGAUCAUCAAAUCAAAUCCAAGUUAUUUCAAUAAUGUUAUGAACAAUUAUUUUACAUUUAUUAUUUUCUAAUAAAUAGUUUUUCAGCUGUU